AUGAAUCCGUCGUCCAUCCUCCGCCCGGCUGCCCGGCGCGCGCUCCGCUCGCCCAUGCGCCGGCCCUUCAGCGCCUAUGCGCCGCGCUGUAUGGCCACGCCGUCCGACGCCUACGGCAGCGUCAAGAUGCCGCGCAUGCGUCCCGACGACGAGCCCACUGGUGAGCUCGCCGUCGGCGAGCUGCACGGCGCCAAGUUUCGCGUCGAGCCGCUGCGCCGCGUCGGCGAGACGGACUCUACCAAGCGGGCACGUCUGCUCUACCAAUCCCGCAAGCGCGGCAUCCUCGAGUCGGACCUCGUCCUCUCCACCUUUGCCGCCGCGCACCUGCCCACCAUGACGACCGCCCAGCUGACCGAGUACGACCUCUUCCUCGACGAGAACGACUGGGACAUUUACUACUGGGCCACGCAGCACGAGCCGUCGUCCUCGACCAACCCCUCGGUCGCGACGUCGCCCGCGUCCGCCGGCGCCGCCACCGACGCCGAAAAGGCCGAGGCCGGCCGCCAGGACAGCGACGAGGGCGUCGUCAUGAAGCGCCACCCGGCCAAGGGCGAGUGGGCGCAGACGAUUGGCACCUUCAAGCCCGCGUACCGGCCCGUCCCGCAGCGCUGGCGGGACAGCGACGUGCUGGCCCUGCUGAGGGCGCACGUGCGCGACAAGAGCGUCGACGGCGGCGACGGGCAGGGCAUGGCGUUUAUGCCGGCCCUGAAGGAGUCGGACUUUAACUGA